GUCGUUCGCGAGGCUCGUAGUGCCGCUCUGACCACCGUCGCGGCUGGGAGUAUCGUCGUCGCGUCGUUCGUCUUGCUGCGGCAGGAUCGCCGCAAGAUCGCUCGCGAAGAUCUAUCGAUUAGGCGGCACGCCACCCUAUCGGUCCUAGGCGAUCCUAGUGGAAUGAUCAACUGUCGAUCUCGCGUCUUUACGAUCGUGCGAUCUCGGAGCGAGCGCUGACCGAGUCCCGAACGCGCGGACGAUCGCGACCAGGGGUGCGAUUGAGCGAAAGAACAAUAUGUAAAGCGUCGUGCGCGGGGCAACGACGGCGAGGAGAUCGCGAGGUCGUUACACCGAAGACGAUCGACCAUCGCGAAGGGUGCGUGUUGCACCCAGCGAGGGAUCAACGCGGGCAGGUGCGGCGGCAAAGCUAGUUGUUGUAGCACAUUGCGGGUGGUUCGCCAGCAAGUUGGAUCAUUGGCGGAACGUAGUUCGGACCGUGAACGCGGCCGCGUUAACAAAACCUCCGAGUGAUCAACAUCCGCCUAGACAAUCUCCUCGAUAUUAGUUGCAGAAUAUCAACGUCGCGAUGAGAAAGCAGUUGUUCUGCUCAAAUCUGAGCAGCGGAAACAGCACCGGCGAACCGCUGAUCGUCGUCGAGGAGAGCACGCUGGGCGAGGAAGAAGCGGAGCGGUGCCGCACGGAAUCGCCACCGCGAUGCGUAGACCCGGAUUCGCCAUCCUUGAAUCCCUAUCUGCUAUCACCAUGGAGAGACGCCAGGAAACACUCCUUGCCGACCCCACAGUGCACGUCCGGGAUAACCGCAUCCCAGGUGCGGCGAUUGAGCGAACGUGGUGGAGAAGGUUCUGGCCCGUCAGUCCGGGAGGCCGCUUUCCUGGCGACAUUGUCGCAGGCACCUGCCCCUCAGACUGGUGGCCGACGACACUCCGUCGUCACGAUAUCCAGGGUGCCGACUACCCUAUUCGGUCGCAGUCGUCGGGAAUCCAUUGCCGCAUUUCCCAUGGGAGGUGCUACCAGGAUAUUGCCAAGUCGCCGAGACUCGUCCACCGGAUUGACUGGUCCGCCCAGUAAUAGCGGAAGCACUCACAAUCUGCAGCUAGACAUUAUGGAUGACAUCGCCGAGAUCAAAGCCAGAAAGGUCCGUUUAAAGAUGUAUAAGACCCCAUCUCGCGAACGCGUGUGCGAGAUUCAGCCUCUGGAGGGUAACAGUAGCGCUACGCAGAAAUACAUACAGUAUCAGAAACGCCGGUUCUCCGAGUUCUCCGCUUCGGUUGCAGCGUCGACGUCGGCUCUACGAAGACGCGCGUCCGAGAUGACGAGACCGCUCUGCGAGACCGAAGCUGUCAGCCCAGCAGCCGGAAUAACGUGCUCCAACACGGACCUGAUAUCCAUCCUGAGCUCUUUAACGUCAUCCGCGACGGAAAUAAAUACGUGCGGCUCGUCGGACGCGAAGGAUGAACAGACAUCGAGCUGGCCCGCAAAAACAGCCGAGCAGAAGCGCAGUCGGCUCAAAAACUCCCGGUCGAAUAGCUUCGACGUGUCCAUCUUGCUCGCCACUAAAAACAAGACAUCGAGCAACAGCAGCAGGAGCAAUCUCGGUACGUUCAUGACGCCGAGCACAUGGUUUGCUAAAAGGCAUCAGCCCAUGCUAAAGAAGAACCGAUGCUUGGACGAGGAGAAUGCAAUCCCGUUCAAGCUCGACAAGUCGAAAGUGGUCAAGGCUGUGAAAGAUACACUUGCAAAGAACGUGGACGCCAAGCACAAGGUCCUCUGGGACGAUCGCAGCGGUACCAAGGUAGACGCUCAGGUGCUCGGUAAUGCUAUCGAGAAGAUUCUUACUUCGGCCCACCGGGGAAGCGACGCAGAAGCGUCGGAUGGUUCAUCCGGAAAGCCGUCUGUAUCACCGAACAAAUCGCGCACCGGUAAGGUCGCCAGUUGGUUCUCGAGCGGGAAUAAGGAGCAGGAGCAACCGGACUGCGAUUCGAUUUGUUCCACUCUCAAGGACCUCUUCGUCAAGUAGUGCAUUCAACUUAUUCGUUUCCUUUUUGCAUAUCGGAUCGACGGUAUUUAUUGCGCUGUUACUUUUCCCUUCUUCCCGUCGGAUAAAUCUUACAUUUAAACCCCUCGCGCAAACAAAGGAGAUCUGUUAGGAUCGACUCCUCUCGUUUGCCUCCCUGCAUCGCAGAGGAUUUUGGGGAUUAAGAAAAAUCAGGAGCGAGAGAGAAGUGGAGGGAGAGACUAAAAGAGAUCAACGCCGCAAAAGAUUAUGAGUUUGAUCAGGGAUGUAAUCUCUUCCGUUUUUUUCUUUUCGUUUUUUACACGUUCAUAUUGCUUAACAUGCACAUUUAUUCUUCAUUAAGCAUGUUUGAACGUUAAUAUCAAUUUGAAAGUUAAUAAUGAAUUUCCAAGUGUCAUCAAAUUUAUGACGAAAAAUUACAUUCCUUAUUAACAUAAAGCCUUUUUACAUAUUUUUAUAUGAUAUCGCAUUUUAAAAAAUAGGCAAGAAUUAAAGUUAAGUUUAUACACUCGAUAAUGUUUAAUAGCGAAUAUUUUAAUGAAUAUCGUGAUUUUUUUAUUUCUAUAUGAAGGUUUGUCUGGUUUAAGUACAAUAUUUUUAUACGGAGAGAAUUAAAGGCCUGUGCUAUAUAUUCUAUUCUACCACGUAAUAUACGAACAUUGAGUUUGACGCGUACGUAUGGACUAUUUUCGCUUUUAUCCUCCAUUUAGUCAUGUUAUUACAUUUAUAUAUCUCUCGCGAUCUGCUGAUUGCACUCGUUAGCUGCAUUAGAAGAGAUACUAAUAAUCACAGUCUAUCCCCGUCUAUUCUAAAUGAUAUACUCGCGCACAUACCCAACGUGAUACAUAUGUGCUGUAUAAUUUUUACCAAUAGGUAACGAAUCGAGCAAAUCGAUUGUAAAACUAUUUUCAUAAGGAACAGUUAUUUUUAACGAUGUACAGUUUUAAGUUGUCACGGUCAGACUGCUGGCAAUUGUUGAUAUUAUUUGGCGCAAAAGAGAGAGGACUUCUAGAAUAAGAUUGACAUAUAACCAGAUAUAUUCUAUGCUGGAUAAGUGGUGCAUUUAUCGUACGUUAACAAAAAGAACAUUAGUAAUCAGGAACGUUUGUCUAUCCUUUGCGGGUCAAAGGGACACGUUACUUACAAUAUAUAAUAUAUAUUCUUAAAAAGUCGCACAGUGGCGGUUUGUCCGGUAAGUUAUGUAAAACGACGCUUUAUCUGUCGUUCUUGUUCCUGUUUCAUGUGAAUCGGAUUUCUAUCCAUUUCCUAUUUUAUUCUUUUUUGCGAUUGUCGCUCUUUCGCUCCUCGACGUUAUCCCGACCUCGACCGCACGAACCGCUACUGAUAUAGAAGUACUGAUAUAUAUAUAGAUUGUCACAUACGUUUAUAACAACUACAUACAGCAAAAGUAAUAUACAGCGAGGUAUAUGUUAGUUAUACGUUGCUGUAUAUUAGAGAGUUCCGAGAAUAUUGAAGAUAUCAAUGUCGAUAACAAAUAUGGCAAAGCCAUAUUUGAUUCAUAAAUGGAAUGCGAAAUUAUCAAAGCUAUGUGCUAUGCGAUGUAUUCUGCGAGUAUACUCUAUUUGACAAUUUCAACUAUCAGUUGCAUUUUUCAUAUUGCAAUUCUGUUCUUCCUUUUUUUCAAUUUUAAGAAAUGCAUUUGAGAAACACAUAAAAAAGCACAUUAUGCUAUCAUUUGUCUAUUCACGGAGUUUUUCUUAAUUAUUGUUGUAUUUUAAUAAAUAUUAUCUAAAUUUUAUUCAACUAAAAUAAAAGUAAAUGAUAACAAGCUAGUUACAAUUUCUCGUAGCUUGAUUAGUAUUUCUCACAAUAAGGAAUCAACAGUGUCUUAAUUGAUCUUACCUCGCAUUCCGCUGCGGUGUAAUUAGAACGUAUGACAAUAGAUGUAAUUCGUAAUUUUUAUGCUGAUUUAAGUUAAGAAUUUCUCUUGAAAUCGGAUGAUAGCUUCUUUAGAUUUGUCUUAAAUUAAUAGCUAUUAAACAUAAUAAAUGUGAAUUUUAUAUGUUGUCAUUUUAGAGAAUUACAAUCAUGCGUACACGCGAAAAAAUUUAUUUGAAAAUUUAACAAAUAUAAUGCAUUUAAACGAAACAAUGUAACUUAUAGAUUACGCGUUACUUACACAUGUACCUACACGUCUCUUGAUAUAUCAAUGUUAAAAACGUUGCAAAGAUAAACUAUAAAUAAUCGUUAUUGUUAUUGAGAUUCAUGACAUCUAUACGGAAUUGAUUACCUAAUGUGAUUACCUUAAUCUGUAUGAAAUUCAUAAUUUAUUUAUCACAAACCUAUAUAUAUGAUCUAUGUGAGUAGGAUGAGAGUAUCGAUGUUCUCUGAUCGGUGAUAAAAAUCUAUAUAACUAACUAAUCCAAAACGACACUUACAUGUCAUUUUUCUUUGGAUUACAAUAAAAUUUAUUUUUAUCAGAGGAGUAAUGUAACAGAACAGAAGGAACACCGAAUAUAAAAUGAAUGGAAAAAGUUUGUCUGAUUUUCUUUUAAUGAAAAUAUAUAAUAAUGAGAACAUGUUAGUCUCUUAAUUAUCAUGACAAAUAAAUAUUUAUCAAUUUUGAAUAAGUAUGCGAGUGGAAAGGAACAGAUACGAACGAAAUGAUAAGAUCAUCAGUUGAUAAAAUGUAUUUUUCAGUUAUAUGUUUAUGAAUCAUUUAAAAGAGUAGAUCUAUUUUUGCGUAUAUUUCAGCUAGAUUACCGACAAGUGUCCUAAUGUGUAAUGCAAGAUUGUAAAUAGUCUUGGUACUGUAUGUUCUAUCAGUGUUCUCGCAGAUUGAUAAAAUAUGAAUAUGAGAAAGAGAUGAAAUAUACGUUGAUCGUAAAUGUUGCAA